AUGGCAGCACUCACCCGUCGUGGGCUCGUCUCCCGCCUCUCGAGGGUCAUCUCUUCUCUACCAAAGCUUCCCUCCUCGCGCAUCGAUCCUCUUUCCCUCGUCUCCCGCUCCGCCGUCCUGGCGCUUGGAAGGCUGCCGCCGUCUGCGUCCCCUGCGGAGCCGUGGUUCGUCUUGGCUCGGCCGAAGACGACGACGCCUGGACCGGGCUACUCCCCCCUUAGGGACUCAUCGCCGAACUUUAGCAAUCGCCCCCCGAAGGAGACCAUCCUUCUCGACGGAUGCGACUACGAGCACUGGCUCAUCGUCAUGGAGUUCCCCGAGAACCCUAAACCCUCGGAGGAGGAGAUGAUCGCCGCAUACGUCAGCACCCUCGCUACCGUCGUCGGAGGGUGAGUCUUCUGCGCUCUUUUACUAUUUCCUUCGCAUACUGCAUGAAUUUUUGAAGCAUGGAGCAUCUUGUGCUCAGUGAGGAGGAAGCGAAGAAGAAGAUAUACUCGGUCUGCACAUCUACCUACACGGGUUUCGGCGCCUUGAUCUCUGAAGAGCUCUCUUACAAAGUCAAAGGUAUCCGCAUAUUCCUUCUCUACACAUGAUCCCACAUCCGAUGUAUGACUGGAUUUUUUUCUGAUCUUGCAGGGCUUCCUGGAGUCCUUUGGGUAUUGCCUGAUUCUUACCUCGAUGUACCCAACAAGGAUUAUGGAGGUUGGUAAUGGCCAUGGAGCAGAUUGUUUCAUCUGUGCAUGUGUUCCUGCGUUCUAAUCGCCGUUAUCGACCCUUUUUCCUCAACUGUGUUUCAUCUGAUGCGUUUGGAUCAGUUUUGUUAUUCAAGCUUUGAUGAAUUCAGUCAUUUUAUUCAUGGCUAACGGAGGAAAACAAGAGGACUUUUGGAUGUAGGACGUUAAUAAAUCUUUUGCAAUGAAAGAAGGGUAGAGUUUUCUUGUGGAUGAUGAUUUCUCUCGCUAUGAUCCUACUUCAAACUCAAUUCCUCUAAACUUAUUCACAUUUAUAUGCUAUAUCUCGCGAUUAGAUGAUAUCAUGACACUGAAUUAUAUAAACUUAGUGAUUAGGAUGUCAAUGGGCUUGGUCCUGGCAUUCCCAAGCCCUACUCAGGCUAGAAUAUUAUGAAGCUGGGACCCUGCCCUCAUUGAUCCCACUAGACCUUUGUUCACCCGUGUUGAGGGAAAUAGAGAUAGGGAUAGAGACAGAGACAGAAAGAGAAAGAGAGGUUGACUAAGGAAGGCUAAAGAGAAACAAUAAUUCAGCUGCGAUUUUCUAAGGCAACACAGAUCGAAAAAGUGUGUUGAACCACCAGACUAGUUCAGACAGGUUUCAUUGUAAUCAGGGAAUAUGCAUUUUGCACUUUUUCAACACAAUCUUGUUAUCAUAUAAUGUAGUUUACCUUGGGAUUUGACAGGGGAUCUCUUCAUCGAUGGCAAGGUCAUCCAUAGGCCCCAAUUUCGCUUCAAUGAGAGGCAGCAGACACGAAACAGACCUCGACCUCGGUAUGACCGACGCCGUGAAACCAUGCAAGUGGAGAGAAGAGAGCCAAUGCAGACUGGCCAAUGGACCCAGGAGCAGAGGAGCCCAUCAACCCAGCAAAUGCCUGGGGAGCCGCAACCAGUGAACCCAAGUGGAUGGCCCGAACAAGGUCCCUGA